AUGCAGAAAAAUACACUCAUUAUCGUGGGCACUAUAAAGGGAAUUUUACAAAAUGAACCAUGGCAUUAUUUGGCAUGUACAAAUUGCAACUACAGAGCAUUUCGGCCUCCUGGUGCAGACGAUCAACCUGAUGGAAAUGGUUUAAUUGGAGCAACUAAUGGUUAUGAAUGUCAUAAUAAGGACUGCAAAAAAACUGAAACUUCAGUUAUUCCGAGAUUUAUGAUUCCGAUACGUGUGCAAGACAAUACUGGUACUGUUACCUUAACCAUGUUUGAAAGAGAUGGAAAGUAUCUUUUGAAGAAAUCAACCAAUGAACUGUUUAAAAAAGCAGUGGAGCUUGGUUUUGGUACUGCUUUUUAUCCCGGAGAGAUAAAUGCACUGAAAGGUUUGAAAUUGGCUUUUAAAAUAUCAAUCAAAAACUUCAACAUCUCAAAAAAGAACAACCAAUACAGUAUAUGUAGAGUCAGUGAUGAUGAAAAGUUGAUUGAAGAACUGAAAAAUAAGUUUACUGCUUCCCAGGUUGGUAAUUCACAGUCAUUUGAUAUUGGUGAAUUUGAUUUUGAAACACAAAAUAAUAGGACUUUGAAGGAUGAAAUUUCUGGAACAGGCGACAACAUAACACCUUCCACAGUUGAUAAAAACUCAGCAACAAGUCCCAUGAAGAGUUUUAAUACACAAACAGUUUUGAAGAGAAAUUUGGAAGAAGUAUUUGAUUUGGAGUUGAAUGAAAAGUUAUCAUCAUCAAAAACUCCAAAAAUUUCACAAGAAGGACGCAUUAACGAGAUUGUGAACGUCAAGUUGGAAAAAAGUGGCUGA